AUGUCCUUGGUGUAUCGUAUUGGGUUCACACUAGAAAGCUUGUUUGACUACGUACGAUCUAACAAAGAGUGGACAUGGGGAGGUGCUGCAGGGGCGGUAAUUGAAGGAGGUCUUAACGGAGCUGUGCAAAAAUGGGUGCCAAAAUGGGCACAACCACUUGUAGGCGGUGGUAUUCAUGUGCUUGGAAGCUGGGCACAACAUGCAAUUGACGGGGAGCCGUAUUCUUUUAAAGACGCUUUCACUGAUUUCAGCAGUUAUGUCGUAAAUGAAAAUAGCCUGGUAAAGAAAGUGAAGUCAAUCGAUAAAACAAUCGAUAAAGUGUGUUCAUUAUUAGAAAAAUAUAUCGAUUUCAUUCAGAAGACAUGUGACGUGAAAAGACAACUUGAUAGAGAAGUACGAAAAAUUGCUGAUGGUGUUACACAAUGGGUUCGAUCUAUGGAUCCGAAUGACAUAUCUGGACCAACAGGUUAUGGAAGAGCGCGAUUCAUACAAAAAGACCAUAGAAUGGAAUACAAAAUAAGAUUUGAAAACAACGAAAAUGCAACCGCGCCUGCUCAAAGGGUUUAUAUUGAACAUAAAUACAGUGAACAUUUAGAUGCAAGGACAUUUAUUAUGGGCGACUUUGGUUUCGGCAAUUUCACAAAAGAAUUUCCACCAAAAAGUAAAUUGUUCCAGGGUACUAUCGAUAUGACGGCAGAACUGGGAAUUGUUAUUCGAGUUUUUGCAGGACUUGAUCUGGAGAAGAAUAUGGUAAUUUGGGAAUUUCAGUCGUUGGAUCCAAAAACAGGUGAUGCGCCAACAGAUCCGAGUAUUGGCUUUUUGCCUCCAAACAACGGAACAUCUGGUCAAGGAUAUGUGACGUUUUCUAUGAAACCAAAUAAAGAUGUAGCCCAUCUUUCAACAGUUCAUGCGAAUGCCUCAAUUUAUUUCGAUCAAAAUGAACCGAUUGAUACACCAAAUAUUUUUAACACGGUAAAUACAUACAUUUUUUGUUUCAGUAAUCCUUUAUAA